UUCUCGACAUGAUUCAAAUAAUUUGAGGAUGGAAGGAUGGCCGUGGAGGUUGAACCUCCGAUGGAGGUAAAUAACAAUGCUAAAAAUGCUGAAUUUCAUAAACCAAGUGACCAAAAUACAACUGCAGAUGAUGAUAAAAAUGAUGUAAAUUUGACGCCGUAUGAGAGACUGACAAGGGAGCUGCAAAAUGACGAAAAAGUAUUCAAAGAAAUUUCAAGUGGGAGGCGCAUUGGAUUCUACCGAAUCCGAGGUGAUCUUGGAAGUGGGAACUUUUCCCAAGUUAAACUUGGAUUUCACUGCAUUGCCAAAGAAAAGGUCGCAAUCAAGAUUCUCGACAAAACCAAAUUGGACCAGAAAACGCAGAGAUUGCUCUCUAGGGAAAUCUCUUCAAUGGAACGUUUACGUCAUCCGAACAUAAUCAGGAUCUACGAGGUGAUCGAGACACUCUCGAAAGUUUUUAUGGUGAUGGAAUAUGCCAGUGGUGGGGAAUUAUUCCAUAAGAUAUUGAAUGAAGGAAAAUUACCUGAAAGAUUGGCAAAAAAAUAUUUUUCUCAAGUUGUGUCAGCUGUAAACCAUAUGCACGAGAGUGGAAUAAUUCAUCGUGAUAUCAAAGCAGAAAACGUUUUUCUCUCCAGUCUUGGUGUUGUAAAAAUUGGUGACCUUGGUUUUAGCACUGCAUCAAUGCCUGACGAAGCACUUAGCACAUUCUGCGGAUCACCCCCCUAUGCAGCCCCAGAGCUGUUCAAAGAUGACAGUUACGUCGGAUCAUGUGUCGAUGUUUGGGCGUUAGGUGUACUUUUGUAUUUUAUGGUUUGUGGCACAAUGCCUUUCCGCGCUGAAACUGUCGGUAAAUUAAAAAGAAAAAUCCUAGAAGGAGUAUACAAUGUUCCUGAUUUUUUGACCGAAAGCUGUCGCUUUUUAAUCAAGCAAAUCUUACGCCCGGUACCAAGUGACCGGUUUACAAUCCCGGAGAUAAUGCGAAGCCUUUGGCUGGAAGGUAUAGAAUUUCCAAAGCCAUACAAAAAAUACGAACAGAAGCCCUCUCUGUCCCCGUCGGCAGGCUCGAUAGAGGAGCGAGAGGCCUCUAAAGCAUUACAAACAUUUGGUAUUCCGACCGAUCUUAUUGAAAACUGUCCGGAAGAUUCCAAAAAUCAAGUUACCGGUACUUACCGAAUAGUCCUCCACCAAGUGCAGAGGCGAAACUUAGAACGACACGUCGCGCAACUGAAAGCCGCUCGUAAAGAGAGAGAAAUAAUGCGUAAUAAUACACUGGGCUAUGACGGUCCAACAACCAAAGUAAAAACUGCUCCUCCCAAAUCUAAGCUUUGCGUUAUUCUCUAGUCACACUGCGCACCUAUUAACGCAGCAAGCGACAGUUUUGCAGUGCUACUUCCCGCGUCUAGAAAACACGAAUCGAAAAGGCCUAAGUUCAAAACAUUCUCCCGUAAGCCACGUCACUCAUUUCGAUUAUAAACAUCCAAUCACUUGUGAAGCCCCAGACAUUUGUAAGGUUCUACACUUGAAACUCACAGCUAUUGAAUGAGUGCAAAUCCAACAACAAACUAAAAAUUUUAAGAGAGAAACAGCAAUACUGUUAAAUUAGCUGUUUGUGGCGAUUAUCAAGGCGCUUGUGAAAAUUUUCUUCAUGGACCCCUUAAAGGGAGCUUUUGAGAAUUUCUACAGGCAAGCUGUGAUAUGCGCCAUUUCUCUAUUUCAUUAUUCAUAGAUUCAUAGCCUGUCUACCCUUGGACUCAGUUCGAAAAUCUGUAAUUCAAUAUUGAAAUCGUAAUUCUAGUUUCAAGCUGCUUAUUUUGCAAGAACAAACUUCGAGUUUGAAAAACUUCGAUAGUAAAGCAAAUGUUUGCAAUGCUCCCUAAAUAUUGUCUUAAAAAGCUUUUCUUUGCAAAAGAUGGCUUGAGAUAGUAACAUUGGAGACAGUUCAUUUGCAUGUGACCCUUUUUAGCCCGUAAAUAUUCUGAAUUCUUAUAGCAUUUUGAUUUUCGCAAGUCAGUGAGUUAGAUUGUGCGUAUUAGGGCUGUGAGCCAUUUGGAUAUUGGCGGUGUUCCAUUUUCCACUCUUUCUAUUUUCAAGACGACGAAUCCAGCUGGGGUUUUAAGACUUUUUAAUGUAUAUUUUCCCAUUCAAAGAACCUUUGGUUGGACUAGUAGUUUUUCAUCACGUAAAUGACACAAGUACAUUCUAAUAUUAUUACAGAUAUCAACUGUAAUUCAGUGAAUUUCAACUGUAAUUGAACGAGAAUUCGUCUUUACUUUUUCAAAUGGACCUGUCUGCAUAAUACAGAUUCACUUUGUUGUUGUUUGUUUGCAUAUCAGAUAGGCCCUUGUGAGUGCGUGUACUGCCACGUCGGAUUGGCUGUGUGAAGUCACAUCGCUAUUAAAAUUGUGUGCCCAAAUUCAGGACAUCAAAAAUUCUUUCAUUUAAAGACUCUUGUGCAACCGGCACGCUUUGCGACAUUUAUUAAAAAACCGUCCUAUUAUCGUCAGUUUCUCAAGACAACUGCCGCUAAGUAUGCCGGUUGCGCUAAAGCCUUUAAAUAAAAAUUUAUACGGCGAAAAGUGAGCUUUACAUUAAUAAUCCGAUAUAAAGUGAGCCCAACACGCGAUUUUGACAUUAUUAAAACGAUAUAAAGUGAGCCCGAUGCACGAUUUUGAUCAUUUCUUAUCGUUUCGAGAAAUGACGCAUCGUUUCUCAAAUUUCCCAAAAUUUAUCGUUUAUGUAGAUUCUUGGUUUUGCAUUAUUUAUGUGAAAUAUUUUCCUAACGCCAGGGCUUUAAAUUUUGUCGAUAUUUGUCUCGUAAUUCAUCCCACACCCGGUCAUGAGGUCUUUCAGUAUUGAGAUUGUUUCGAGGAAUAUAAUAAUGAUAGGAAAUUACGUCACUAGUCCCAGACUUCCUUUAAGUUGAAUGCACUUUCGGCGGGUAGUUAAGUUUCUCCUUUUGUAGAAUACAAAUCGUGUAUGGAGCAAUUAUGGGGUAUAUUGUAAAAUGUAAUAGACUUUUAAAAAUCAUCUCACAUCUUUUUUGUAUGAGGUAGAUUGUAUGUUCAGAUUGGAAGGGGUGUUUUUAUCGUGAAGGUCACUUAAAGGUCACAUUACGUAAUUUCUAUUGAAAGGAAACCAUGCAGUUACAUUCUAGAACCCGACAUAUCUUGUCCAUGAAUAUGGGGAACCCUUUCAGCAACUCUCCCUCCAAGUAAAGGAUUUACUUUUCAUUGGCUAAUUGGCAAGAAGUCUUCAAAAGUUUGCAUUCUUUUAUAUUAGAAACACGAUUCAAAGCUUAACAUCAUUUUUUGAAUGCUUGUUCUUUGCCAGGAUACUUUUUCAGAAAACCAAACUCUUUCAAGCAAUUUGAAUCGUGUUUUUCUCAUACCAUAUAAAGUACUUUUCCGUGAGGGGUCACUUUUUUAAUUGCCCAUGGAGAAUUUUAUUUGCCACAUCUAGGAGAAUUUUAUAAACAUCAUAGAAAUAUGGCUAUGCAUUUUAUUAUUUGUCGAGGUACAAAGUGUUUUGAAAAAUUUGAAAAAUUCUACUAGAUGUUACGGAUCCUAGUUCUCAAAUGUCUAGAAUUGCGAUAUAAAUCUUUAUGUGACCUUCCGAUUAAUAAUUAUUAAAUUUUAAUGUCAACUUAGACACGAAUUUGUAAAUAAAGUCUUUUAGUUGAAUACGUUUGUACAUCUGACACCAGCGAGCAACCAAAGUUGCCUCCUAAAAAUUGUUUUGAUUUAGCAACAGAAGUGUUUUAAAUUAUUUCUGCACACCUGUAGAUUUCUUAUGUCAUCCUUACGUUCUUA